UUGCAACUGACGAUACUAGUAACUAUUACUAAGUUUUAAAUAAUAUACGAAAGAUGCAAACAAAUAAAAAAAGUAUAAAAAUCACACUAGAAGUCUACUACGCAUAGACACAUUCCAAAACCGAUAAUACUAAAUUAGUUUAUAUUAUUGCAGGCGUUUUUUUCAAUGUCAACGCUGCACGUAUAAAUUACAGUGAAGCAUAGUGCUUGACGUUAAUGCUGCAAAAUGGUAGAGAGCAAAACGUUGAUCGUACUGCUUUUAUGUGAAAUAAGUUUGUCUAUAGCACAUGCCAAUGAUCCUACACUCGUCAGUCUACCUCAAGGCCAAAUAAGAGGCCGAACCUUACAUUCUCCAAAUGGCAAAGUUUAUUAUGCAUUCCAAGAGAUUCCCUAUGCCACGCCACCUGUAGAAGGAUUGAGAUUCCAGACGCCCAGAGAACCUCCAAAAUGGAGUGGAGUGCUGAAUACCACAAAAAACACCAAAAUUUGUUGCAAAACAGAUACAGUCGUGAUACCCGGUACAAGAGAGACUGAAGACUGUUUAUAUCUGAACGUUUUUACUCCCCUGAGACCCGGAGAUUCUUCUAAACCUCCCUUAGCGGUAUUAAUAUGGAUACACGGAGGUGGAUUUUCAUUCGGAACUGGAGUUGUUCAAUUGUAUAAACCUCAAUAUUUUAUGGACUACGAUAUCAUCGUUGUCACAAUAAACUAUCGACUGGGUGCUUUAGGAUUUCUUGCCACUGAAGAUGGAGUCAUCCCGGGAAAUUUAGGACUAAAAGAUCAACGAUUUGCCAUAAAAUGGGUAAAGAAAAAUAUUAAUUUGUUCGGAGGGGACCCUGACAAGAUAACAAUUGCAGGUGCUAGUGCUGGAUCAACUUCUGUGGGUUUCCACAUGAUAAGUCCAAAAAACAGAGGACUAUUUAGAGGUGCCAUAUUGCAAAGCGGUUCUCCUAUAAAUAAAUGGACACGUCAAGAUUAUGCACGACUCUACGCCUUCGAAUUGGGACGAAGUUUGGAUCCCAAUUUCAAGUCAAACGAUUCAAAAGAAUUACUCAAGUUGUUACAAAAAACUCCGGCUUCCAAAAUAAUAAACAAUACAGUAGCUCCCAUUAUUGGUAAAGAAACCGGAUCGGUUGAGGGUACUGGUUACUUAUGGCUGCCCAUAAUUGAAGACGCUAACCUAGAGGGAGCCCUUCUUACGGGUUCUUUUUAUGAAGCUAUUAGUAAAGUAAAAAUAAAUAAAGUCACUACGAUGCUUACCUUCAAUUCCGAGGAAGAAUUAUUAUUUUGGAAACCUGUUACAGAUGUUUCUCUACUUCUUGAAGCACGAGCAAAAUAUUACGACAAUGACUUGUCCAACAUCAUUAGAAAUAAAUUCAACAUGACAAAACAAAACAAGGUUAUUGCUGGACGUAAAAUCAGGCAAAUCUACACUAAUCGAACAUUUCAAGAAAACUUUCCAGGUUUAGUAAAGUUUUUCAGUGAUGAAUCAUUUACAACGGCCAUCACUAGGCAUGCAAAGUUACAGUCUAACUAUACCGAUGUUUAUUUGGGUCAGUUUUCAUACCAAGGCAAAAUGGGAGGAAUGAAAGACUUCGAAGUUGCAGGUGUGCGAGGUGUUGGUCAUGGAGAAGAAUUGGGCUAUUUAUUUGACAUGCCCGUUUCUCGUUAUGAAACUCCUGACGAUCCAGAAGAUUUGGUAACGCGACAGCGUUUAUUGACCUUAUGGUCGAACUUUGUCAAGUAUUUAAAUCCAACUCCUGAAGAAGACAAUGUUUUGAAUAACGUUAUUUGGAAAAAGCUAACACCGAACAAUUUGGUAUAUUUGAACAUCAACAAAACUCUUGAAAUGGAAAAAAACCCAAAAGAGUACCUCAAAUGGGAGAAAAUUAUAGAUGCUUAUGCUAUACCACCGUUUAAUAAUUAUUAAACUGUAUUUUCAAGGAUAUUAAUAAAUUCCAAGAUCGUUUUAUGAUUAUCAUAAUGAAUAUGUCUAUACGUUAAGAGAUAGGAGCUUAAAAUUCGAUGAAAUACAUUUUUACACCUA